UUUGUGAGCUGUGCAGCAAAAGCCGCCAAAAUUGAGCUGUUAAGCGCAACCACAAUACCCAUACAAACGGUAGCACCCCCAACAACGUCGCCAUCGUCGCAACAAUAUCUGCAGCAGCAGCAACAACAUUACGGUCUGCCAGCGCUGCCACCGCCACUGCCCUCCAACUACUUUCAACACUUCCACCAACAACAACAGCAGCAGCAGCAGCAACAACAACAGCAACAACAUCAGCAGCUGCAACACAUGAAGUUUCUGGGCGGCAACGAUGAUCGCAAUGGACGCGGUGGCGUCGGCGUCGGUGUCGGCACUGAUGCCAUUGUCGUAGGCGGAGGCAGCUCGCGCAACGCGACAUCGCAGGAUGUCGAUAAUGCUGCUGGCUAUGUAUACCAGCAACGUCCAACUCCUGCCGCUGCCGGCCCCAUCGGCGGACCGGUUGGCUCUACGCUACACGACGCCGCCGCUGCUGAAUAUGCCGCUCACUUUGCCCAGAAGCAACAGCAGACACGCUGGGCUUGUGCUGAUGAACAUGGCAUUGAUAACCCGGACAAAUGGAAGUAUAAUCCGCCAAUGAAUCCAGUAAAUGCUGCACCUGGCGGACCACCGGGCAACGGUAUAGGAAGCAACGGUGGACCUGGUCCAAUUGGCACCAUUGGCAUGGGAGCUGGCAGCGGCUUAGGCGGCAUGGGAAGCGUUGGAGCUGGCAACGGAACCAAUGGUGGACUGCAUCAUCCAUCGAUGGCUGCAGCUGCGGCAAAUAUGGCUGCCAUGCAACAGGCAGCCGCUGUGGCAAAACACAAUCACAUGAUGUCACAGGCUGCCGCUGCGGCAGCAGUACAGCAGCAUCCACAACAACAACAACAGCAGCAGCAACAGCAGCAGCAGCAGCAACAGAUUGCUCAGGGACCUCCACAUCAUAUGAUGGGAGGCGGUGGCAAUGGAAUGGGUAAUGGCAACGGCUUGGGAGGCUUAGGACAAGCUCAUCCUGGCCAGCAUCAACAUCAACAGCAACAACAUCAGCAGCAGCAGCAGCAUCAAAAUCAACAGCAACAGGGGCAAGGACACCCCAAUCAGCAUCAGUAUAACUCGAAUCUAUUGAGCCAUGUAAUGAACAAUCAAGUGGCAGCAGCUGUGGCAGCCAAUGCUGCCAUGGGCCACAUGCCACCCUAUGCCCAAUCAGCAGCCACUGGCAACAUGUACGAUCAUCAUGCUGGCGCUGCACUGCAUCCAGGCAUGAACGGUGGACUACCCAAGCCACCACCAAUGGGUCCACCUGGUGGACCUCAGGAUUAUGUCUACAUGGGCGGUCAGCCGCACGCCGCCGCCGCCGCUGCUGCUGCAGCAGCCGCUAUGAAUCAAUAUAUGAACAAUUCAGCCGCAGCUGCUGCCGCUGCCGCCAAUCGAAAUGCAGCGAUAACCACAUCGGCCGCUAAAAAGUUGUGGGAAAAAUCAGAUGGAAAAGGUGGCGCAUCCAACACACCUGGCGGUCCUUUAAAUCCAUUGCAAAUACCCGGCGUUGGUGAUCACCAUUCAAAUGUCUGGAAGGAUCCAACUUGGUCCACACAGAGCGAGAAUAUUCUGGCUCCGCCCAGGCCGCGUGUUUACGCACAUGCUGGCCCGGAUUCAUCGAACAGUGGCAACGCUGGCAUUUUAAGUCCACGCGAUUCGAAUUGCGUGCAAAUCGUUGAAUAUGUCUUGGGCGGCUCGCCCACCAACAAGGAGAGUCCUUUGUCGGGCUUGGAGCCACGUUUGCGCAACUUGAAGUUUGAUGACAACGAUAAGUCACAUGAUGAUAAGGAGAAGGCAAAUUCACCGUUUGACACAAAUGGUUUAAAGAAGGACGAUCAGGGCGCAAAAACAAAUGGCGUUGGCGCUGUUAAUGGCAUAGACGAUGACAAGGGAUUCAAUCGCACUCCCGGAUCACGUCAACCAUCGCCCGCUGAAGAGACACUGCCACGCCCACCGAAUUUGCUCGAUCCCACACAGCAUGGCUGCUUUCCACAAAUGCCACACUUCAAUCACAUGCUCAUGGAUCAUGGACAGGGCAUGGGCGCUGGCGGCGCUUUAGGCGCCGUCGGUGGCAACAAUUCAGGUGCCGGCGGUAGCGCUGCCGCCGCAGCUGCCGCAUACGCGCAUCAACAGAUGGCAGCGCAAAUGAGUCAAUUGCAACCGCCAAUGAUGAAUGGAAUUGGCGCUGGCAUGCCAAUGGCCGCACAGUCACCCAUGUUGAAUCAUCAGGGCGCACAGGCCGGCGGGCCUAAUCAUAUGGAAUCUCCUGGCAAUUUGUUGCAGCAACAACAGCAGCAGCAGCAGCAGCAGCAACAGCAGCAACAGAAUUAUGAUGUACAGCCGCGAAACGACCUGCGCUCCUCCGGUCGUACUGAGCUCCACAAUAAACGACCAAUAAUCUCUUCGACACUGAGCAUAAUGCCAGCAAAUCAACAGCUUAGCGAGCAAUACGACAUCAAGCAGGCCAAUAGAUCCGACAAAUGA